CCCAUCGAUGUGGAGACGGUGACGCCCACGCCCGUGCCGCUCUAUGACAACCAGAAGGCGCGCAGCGUGAUGAACGAGUGUGAGCGCCACGUGAUGUUCGCUCGCACGGACGCUGACGCCCCGCCGCCGCCGGACGACUGGGAGGAACACGUCAACAGGACGGGUUGGACGAUGGCGCAGAACAAGCUGUUUAAUAAGAUUCACAAAGCGCUGCAGUCUGACAGGCUGGCUCGUUUGGCUAACGAAGGGGCUUGCAACGAGCCUGUCCUGAGGAGGAUAGCGGUGGACAAAUGUGCUCGGAGGGUGCGCCAAGCUCUGGCUAGCGUGAACUGGGACACCAAACUGAUCCAGUGGCUUCACACGACGUUAGUGGAAACCCUCAGUUUGCCGGUGCUGGCGGCUUACUUGGAUGCUCUGCAAACGCUUAAGGGAAAGAUCCCCACCCUGAUCGACAGGAUGCUGCUCUCCUCCACUGCAAAGACGGGGGCGGCGGGUGCCGAGGCCCUGUCCCUGCUGCUGAAGAGACCCUGGGACCCAGCCGUGGGUGUCCUGUCCCAUAAUAAACCAAGCAAAUUGCCUGGCUCCCCCCUCAUCCUGAUUGCUUCCUCCGGACCCUCCAACUCCAUGUUCCCCACUUCUCGACGGCACCGAUUCUGGCAGUCGCAGCUUUCCUGCUUGGGAAAGGUGAUUCCCAUUGCCACCCACCUCCUGAACAACGGCAGCGGGGUGGGAGUGUUGCAGUGUCUCGAACACAUGAUCGGGGCGGUGAGGGGCAAAGUGGCGGAGAUUCACAGCCACUUCUCUCACAAGCCCAUCAUCCUGAUCGGGUGGAACACGGGUGCCUUGGUGGCCUGUCACGUUUCAGUGAUGGAGUAUGUCACUGCCGUUGUGUGCCUUGGAUUCCCGCUUCUCACUGUCGACGGCCCCAGAGGGGAUGUCGACGACCCCCUCCUGGACAUGAAGACCCCUGUCCUCUUUGUCAUCGGUCAGAAUUCCCUGCAGUGCAACAUCGAAGAGAUGGAAGAUUUCCGGGAGAAGAUCCGAGCCGAUAACAGCAUGGUGGUGGUGGGAGGAGCAGAUGACAAUCUCAGGAUAAGCAAAGCCAAAAAGAAGUCGGAAGGUCUGACGCAGAGCAUGGUGGACAGGUGCAUCCAGGAUGAAAUAGCCGACUUCUUAACGGGAGUCCUCACCCGAGCGGAGAGCCACUUGGGCUCCGACCCCCGCGACUUGGAUGCCGAGAAGAAGAAGAAGCCACGUGACUCGACCAGGAGGGAUCUGUCGUUUGACUUGCCGGAAAGAACCAGCAGGCCCGCCUCGCCGGCGGCCAAAGUGCCUGCCUCGCCUUCGGGCUCAGAGGACUUAUCCAGCGUCUCCAGCAGCCCCACUUCGAGCCCCAAGACGAAAAUGGCCGCGGUGGCCUCCCUCCAGAAGUCCGGCCCCAUCGGCGCCACGCAGCUGGGGCUGAAGAGGCAGGUGCAGAGGACGGACGCUGUACUGACGCACAAGCAGGCUCAAGCUCAGUUCGCUGCUUUUCUGAAACAAAACAUGCUGGUGAGGAAAGCUCUUCCUCCUGGCACCUCUUCAUGUCUCUUUGUUCCAGUCUCCUCGGAGCACUCGGAAGGGGCUGAGAAAGAUGAUCGAGCCAAAAUCAAGGUGACCAUUGUCUCUCACGGCGAGGCUGCGGGCGUGGGGAACGGAGCACCCCUCACCACCCAGGCAGAAAUUGUCACCGGGAAGCCGGUCCCCGUGGCUGUCGGGCCGGCUGUGUCGGGCGCGAAGGAGCUGUCGGGACUGCUCGCCACCCCCAAGCUGAGUUCGGCAGCGGACACCUCCCCGAGCCCUGCUCCGUCUGCCGUGAUCCCCAGCAGCACGGCGCCCAGCGCGUUCCAUGCCCUGCAGAGCAGGCUGGUGGCCAGCAGCACCCCUGGCAUGCAGGCUUUUGGCAUGCAGGCCCAGCCCGCCAGUGCCCUCCAAGGAGCAGCAUCUGCCAGCAGCCUGCUGCAAGGGCUGAGCUUCAGCCUCCAGGACAUCGGGACCAAGUCCUCCGCCCUCCCGGCCAGCGUAGCUGCUGCUGGGCCGCCCAUGCAGACCUCAGCUGUGAAGACUCCUACGCCUAUCCAGAACCUGAGCACCAUCACCACGGGCACCGGCACGAUUGUCCGCACCAUCCCAGUCGCCACCUCUUUGUCUCUGGGAGCCUCGGCGAGCGGAAAGCCCACGGCCAUUCACCAGCUGCUGACGAAUGGGGGGCUGGCGAAGCUGGCCAGCAGUCUCCCUGGCUUGGCUCAGAUCUCCAACCAGGCAGCAGGUUUGAAGGCCCCGACGACCAUUACCGUGACGCUGCGUGGGCAGCCCAGCCGCGUCACCACGCUUAGCCAGGCUGCGAUGGGGACUGUGCAGCCCCAGCACGAGGAACAGCCGAUGCAGACGCAGGCCCAUCAGGUAAAUUUUGACACCUCCUCUGCGCAGAAAGUGUCCGCCGCUGCGUUUCUGACCGUGAUAGUCCAGGGCAGACCGACCGGGUGGAUCAUGCUCACGAUCCCGCUGGUACUGCGCCGAGGAGACCUCCGGCUGCGCUUCGAAAGCUGA